AUUGUGUUUCAUUUCAAUUCAACUAAAUAUGUUUCAUCGAUAACCUUUUAUCCGGAUAAUUUGCACACUAAUGCCACCCGGAUUUUCAUCUACCACCCAAUAACAAUCAAGCUCUUCUUUCAGUCAUUUCACAAAUGCGACUUGCCAAAGUACAUACGUUUAAAAUGCAAUCCACUAUACUCAUCGGUCUCUGCUGCAUUGCUUUCGCCUCCGCCGGCGUGGUCAAUGUGACACGUUGUGAAGCAUUUGCCACCCCGGUCCAAACCAGGAUUUCUGAUUGUGACGGAUACUGCCGAUUCCAACCUGGCCUAACGUACCAUUGCGAGCAGGAUUUUUUGCCAAGUACCGUGAUUCUCGGACUCAGCUUGAAAGUCGAAUUCUGCCCUAAUGAAAGAUUCUGCAUGCAAAUUAUCAACACUGACCUUGUCCACACCCCUGUCAUGCCUGGGAUUAUUUACACUGCUAAAUUUACUUUCGUGCCAAGUGACGUCCUCGCUGGUCAAACGAUUGCGCUGAGAGUCUACAUUUCUCGAACGCCUGGAGAUCGGGUUGAUGUCUGCGUAUUCUUUAACGUUGAUAUCCUGUCAGUAGUGUAAAAUAUUUUUUUACAAAAUAAAUAGACAAAAUCU